AUGCCGGCCGGUGACAAGAAGGCCCAGGCGCUGGCAAGCUACCUGGCGGUGCACGUCAAAGUGCUCCAGGAAGACCGCAAGGCCAUUGAGAAUCUCCCGAAGUCUUUGAGGGAGGUCGCCGCGCUGUACGGCGAGGUGGGUGACAAAAGGGAGCAGGAGGAUGUGAUGAAGGACAUUUUGGAGUUCCACCUUGCCAACGGCCAGAGGGAAGAGGCUGCCAAGGUGGAGCAAGAGAUCCGGGAUCAGGUGAAGGGCAACAAGACGGAGGAGCCUCCCUGUCUCCUUCGCCUUGCAGCAGUCUUCUACUCCAUGAGCGCCAUGGAGGGUGCCCGGACCCUUGUCGAGGAGGCUGUUGCCGGCUUCGGUGCAAGUGGAGACAAGGCUGGCAGCGUGACGGCCCUGCGCUCCAUGGCUAUGCUGUAUCUCUCGCAGCAGAAGUUUGAUGAAGCCUUGCAGGCUUUGGAGAAGGCCGUCCAGGGAACCGGCACGGAGAAGGCCAGCAUCCAGUAUGGCAUCUCACAGGUCUACGCCGCCAUGGGCGGCAAAGGCGUUAGCAGCGCCGUGGAUGCCCUGAAGAAAGCCAGGGCCUUCAUGAAGGAGGACGGGAACAAGGCUCUCAUGCCCUUGGGGCUUCUAGCAGGCUCUCCAACCGGUGCUGCAGCUGUACCCUUGUGUCCUGAGGCCAAGCCCGAGCCUAGAUGUGCCGUACAGAACACCCCAUGCGUAAUCUUCAAGUUCCUUUCAGACGACCUCCAAGUUGAAGUGGUCUCCAAGGAUGGUCAGCUGGAAGUGCUGCAGAUCAUGUCUGAGCUCAUGCUCAGCAAGCAGCAGGCAGAGAGUCAAGAUUCGCAAUGCAACGCGGAGAGGUUCGAGGUGGUGAAGCUCUAA